AUGUCCAACACGAGAAUAAAGCUUCCUUCGAUCAAGGAGCUCACCAAGCUGCCGUUGCUGGAGCAAGCCAGUAAUAACAAUACCAGCGGCGUUAAGCCGCUGACGGAACCCGUGCCGGCGCCCGCGGCUGUCGGCAGCGCUUCCGGCGCCGCCGCCGCUGCCGCCACUCCUAGCCUCACUACUGACGGCCUGCCCACCCCGGCGCCGCGGUUGCCCCUGAUCCGCUACCACGCCAACUACAUCCACCAGGCGCCCCAAAUGGCGCCGGCGAUGUCCCCCGAGACCAGAGCUGCCCCUGACCUGGUGGCGCCACUGGCGGCUCCCCCCGCCCCCGCUGCCGCCGCCGCGCCGCACGCCGCGGCGCCGCUGUUGGCGCCCAUUUCUUCGUCGCCACUGGCUUUUGGUGGUUACAUGACUGCUCCUGUCGCCGCCCCCACCGCCGACGGCGCUGCCCCUUACCCGCCGAUGUACCUGGCGCCGAUAUACUACCACCCCGUCUACUACCACCCGGGCGCCCAGCUGGCGCACCAGUUGCCGCUACCGCCGGCGCUUGCGGCCCCCGGCGCCGUGGGCGCCCCUGGCCUUGGCGUGGCGCCUCCCCCUCAGUACGCCGUCCCCGAAGUGAUCAACCGUCCCACCAAUAAGUGCCACCGUUGUGGUACUACUGAGACCCCCGAAUGGCGUCGGGGCCCCAACGGGGUGCGCACCCUCUGCAACGCCUGUGGCCUCUUCCACGCCAAGUUGGUCAAGCGCAAGGGCGCUGCGCUCGCCGCCGAAGAAGUAUUGAACAACAAGGUCACCAAGGGCAAGAACGGCCGCCGCAUCAGCAUCAAGAAACACAUGCUCCUGGAGCUGGCCGCCGCCGCCGCCGCCGCCGGUGUCCACCACCACCCGAUGGCGCCCCACAUGGCCCCCGUCCCCAUGGGAGCGCCGCCGGUGUACUCGCACCAGCCUCCCCCUGGCGCCCCUUACUACGCCGCCGCGCCCUACCCCAUCCCGAACUAA